AUGGGUACCUUAGCACAGCCGAGGCAUUGGCCUCGACUGGUUUAUGCCUUUGCAUUUUGCCUUGUAGCCACUAGUGUGGUUGCUGAUUACAAGCCCUAUAUUUAUGCUUCUCCGCCGCCUCCGAAUCAUGUCGUUGAGAAGCCGUAUCUUUACAAGUCUCCGCCACCAAAGUAUGCUCCCCAUCCGCCACAGCACUACAAGUCACCACCAUCACCCAAGUAUGUUGCACACCCGCCAUACUACCACAAGUCACCACCAGCACCAAAAUACGUUCCCCAUCCGCCGCACCACUACAAGUCACCACCAUCACCAAAGUAUGUUGCACACCCGCCGUACUACCAAAAGUCACCACCAGCACCAAAAUACAUUCCCCAUCCGCCGCACCACUACAAGUCACCACCAUCACCAAAGUAUGUUGCACACCCGCCGUACUACCAAAAGUCACCACCAGCACCAAAAUACAUUCCCCAUCCGCCGCACCACUACAAGUCACCACCAUCACCAAAGUAUGUUGCACACCCGCCGUACUACCAAAAGUCACCACCAGCACCAAAAUACAUUCCCCAUCCGCCGCACCACUACAAGUCACCACCAUCACCAAAGUAUGUUGCACACCCGCCGUACUACCACAAGUCACCACCAGCACCAAAGCAUGUUGCACACCCUCCAUACCAUCACAAAUUCCCCCUACCGCCCAAGCAUGUGAGUCACCCACCAUACUACUAUAAGUCACCACCUCCGCCUUCUCCUUCUCCUCCUCCCCCAUAUGUAUACAAAUCUCCACCACCACCCUCUCCUUCACCGCCCCCUCCUUAUGUUUACAAAUCCCCUCCACCACCAUCUCCGUCACCUCCUCCUCCUUAUAUGUACAAGUCCCCACCUCCACCAUCUCCAUCACCCCCUCCUCCAUAUGUCUAUAAAUCUCCACCACCACCCUCUCCUUCACCACCGCCUCCAUAUGUCUACAAAUCUCCUCCACCGCCAUCUCCUUCACCACCACCUCCUUAUGUCUACAAGUCCCCACCACCACCAUCUCCAUCACCUCCUCCUCCUUACGCUUACAAGUCCCCACCUCCGCCAUCUCCUUCCCCACCACCUCCAUAUGUCUACAAAUCUCCUCCACCACCAUCUCCUUCCCCACCACCUCCUUAUGUCUAUAAGUCUCCCCCACCACCGUCUCCAUCGCCUCCUCCUCCUUACGUCUACAAGUCCCCACCACCACCAUCUCCAUCACCACCACCUCCCUACAUUUAUAAGUCUCCUCCACCACCAUCGCCCUCACCGCCACCUCCCUAUGUCUACAAGUCCCCCCCGCCACCAUCACCAUCACCACCCCCGCCCUACCCCUCACCGCCACCUCCUUAUGUUUAUAAGUCCCCCCCGCCACCAUCACCAUCACCGCCCCCGCCCUACGUUUAUAAGUCCCCACCCCCACCAUCACCAUCACCACCACCUCCCUACAUUUACAAGUCUCCCCCUCCACCCUCUCCCUCACCGCCUCCUCCUUACAUCUAUAAAUCUCCGCCUCCACCAUCACCAUCGCCACCACCUCCCUACGUCUACAAAUCCCCACCCCCACCAUCACCAUCGCCACCACCACCCUACAUUUACAAGUCUCCCCCUCCGCCAUCUCCCUCACCCCCGCCUCCUUAUGUCUACAAAUCCCCUCCUCCACCAUCACCAUCACCACCUCCAUAUCUCUACCUCAUCUAUAAAUCUCCGCCUCCACCAUCACCAUCGCCACCACCUCCCUACGUCUACAAAUCCCCACCCCCACCAUCACCAUCGCCACCACCACCCUACAUUUACAAGUCUCCCCCUCCGCCAUCUCCCUCACCCCCGCCUCCUUAUGUCUACAAAUCCCCUCCUCCACCAUCACCAUCACCACCUCCAUAUCUCUACAACUCACCCCCUCCUCCAAUUGAGUCUCCACCACCUCCCGUCUACUACUACAAAUCACCUCCACCACCACACCACCAUACAUACUUAGGACAGCCGAGGCCAAUGCAUUGGCCUCGACUGGUUUAUGCCAUUGCAUUUUGCCUCAUAGCCACUAGUGUGGUUGCUGAUCAUUAUAAGCCUUACUUCUAUGCUUCCCCGCCACCACCGAAGCAUGCAGUACACCGCCGACCAUAUCUCUACAAGUCGCCGCCACCGCCAAAGCAUUUUAGCCAUCCGCGACACUACUAUAAUUUGCAACCACCAACGAAGCAUAUUAGGCACCCUUCAUACAACUACAAGUCGCCGCCACCAACAAAGCAUGUCUGGCACCCUCCUUACUACUACAAGUCGACUCCGCCACUAAAGCAUGUUAGGCACCCUCCAUACUACUACAAGUCACCUCCGCCACCAAAGCAAGUGGCUUACCCACCAUAUUAUUACAAGAAGCCGCCGCCACCAAAGCAUGUUAGACACCCUCCGUACCAUUACAAGUCACCUAAGCUUAUCGAUAUAAACCCGCCACACCAUUACAAGUUGACACUGCCACCAAAGCAUGUAAGCCAUCCACCAUACCUUUACAAGUCACCACCACCACCAUCUCCUUCUCCACCUCCCCCAUAUAUUUACAAGUCUCCACCUCCUCCAUCUCCAUCUCCACCUCCUCCGUAUAUCUAUAUAUCUCCUCCACCACCGUCCCCUUUUCAUCCUCCUCCAUAUAUCUACAAAUCUCCACCUCCUCCAUCGCCAUCACCUCCGCCGCCUUACUUUUAUAACUCACCACCACCUCCAGAUCAUCCACCAUACCACUACAAGUCACCACCGCCACCAUCUCCUUCACCGCCUCCGCCUCCAUACAUCUAUAAAUCACCACCACCACCUUCACCAUCACCACCUCCACCAUAUGUCUACACAUCUCCACCUCCCCCUCCGGCAUCCCCAUCACCACCGCCUCCUUAUAUUUAUAACUCACCACCUCCACCACCUCCUUAUGUUUACAAUUCCCCACCUCCACCAUCGCCUUCGCCUCCACCUCCAUAUAUUUAUAAGUCUCCCCCUUCGCCAUCUCCCUCACCACCGCCUCCGUACUUCUAUGGUGGAGGUGGAGAUUUUAUACCUUUGGGAGGAGGUGGUGAUCUUCUGGGGAACCAAGGUGGGGGCGGAGAUUUAAGGAUUUUAGGUGGAGGAGGUGAUAUUAGAAGUUUGGGUGGAGGUGGUGAGCUUCUGGGGAACCAAGGUAGGGGUGGAGAUUUAAGGAUUUUAGGUGGAGGUGGAGAUUUUAUACCUUUGGGAGGAGGUGGUGAUCUAGGGAUCUUAGGCGGUGGUGGAGAUUUUGGGUUUUUUGGUGGAGGUGGAGAUUUGAGAAUCUUAGGUGGAGGUGGGGGUUUUUGGGUUUUAGGUGGAGGUGGAGGUGGAGUUAUAGGACUCUUGGGUGAAGGAGGAGGAAAUGGCUCUUCUACAGGUGCAUUGUCAUUUGGAGGAAAUGAUGGGGGUAUUAAUGGUGGAAGUGGUUCCGGUAUUGGUGAGUCAUUAGGAGGAGAUGUUGAUGGAACUGGUGAUGGUGAAGGAGAAGGAGGGGCGUUAUCAUUUGGAGGAGAUAUUGGUGGAGGAAAUGGCUCAGCUACUGGUGGGAUAUUAUUUGGGGGAGAUGCUGGUGAUAGAGGUGGAAGAAAUGGCUCAGUUACUGGUGUGAUAUCAUUUGGAGGGGAUGCUGGUGAUAGAGGUGGGGGAAAUGGCUCAGCUACUGGUGUGAUAUCAUUUGGAGGAGAUGUUGGUGAUGGAGGUGGAGGAAAUGGCUCAGCUACUGGUGAGAUAUCAUUUGGAGGAGAUGCUGGUGAUAGAGGUGGAGGAAAUGGCUCAGCUACUGGUGGAGGAAAUGGCUCAGCUACUGGUGUGAUAUCAUUUGGAGGAGAUGCUGGUGAUAGAGGUGGAGGAAAUGGCUCAGCUACUGGUGGAGGAAAUGGCUCAGCUACUGGUGUGAUAUCAUUUGGAGGAGAUGCUGGUGAUAGAGGUGGAGGAAAUGGCUCAGCUACUGGUGGAGGAAAUGGCUCAGCUACUGGUGUGAUAUCAUUUGGAGGAGAUGCUGGUGAUAGAGGUGGAGGAAAUGGCUCAGCUACUGGUGGAGGAAAUGGCUCAGCUACUGGUGUGAUAUCAUUUGGAGGAGAUGCUGGUGAUAGAGGUGGAGGAAAUGGCUCAGCUACUGGUGGAGGAAAUGGCUCAGCUACUGGUGUGAUAUCAUUUGGAGGAGAUGCUGGUGAUAGAGGUGGAGGAAAUGGCUCAGCUACUGGCGUGUUUUCAUUUGGAGGAAAUGAUGGUGGAGAAAUUGGCUCGUCUACUGGUGAAAUAUAA